AUGAAAAGCCAGUGGUUUGACGGAGAGGCUUGCCAGUUUUGCUGUACAGCAUUUCCCCAAGUAAUAAAGAAUAAAAAACAAGCAAAACCGCCUGAUACUCGUGGUUUGCAUUCUUCGAGUUACUAGUAUGGAAAAUGAACAGGAUGGAUUGUUAUUUAUUCUCCAGGCCGAAGAAUGCCCGUUCUUAAGAACCUCCCAGCUCGGCUGAAGGGGACCAAGGGGAAUUUGGAGUUGGAGAACACUCACAGUGAGCUGAUUCUCCGCAAGAUGAGCCUUAACCACAACCCGUUUGAGGAGAACGGCUUAGAUGAGGAGUGGCCCAGGCACAAUGGUGGCUCACUCCUGGAUGGGGGUGCUCCACGGGACCGUAACCCAUUUGAGGAUGAGGAGGAUGAGAACGAGGCAAAUGAAGUGAGGCGUGGGGGCUCAGGAAAGGGUGGUUCUAUUAAAGGGACGCUUGACCGCAUCAAAGGUGUGUCACCACUCAAGACCCUGGGCAAGCUUGGCAAAGGCCUGCGCAUGUCAGGUAGGAGUAAGGGCAGUGCCACCCCUUCUCCGCAAGGCUCCAUUGGUAUGCCCUCACCCAUGGAGAAAAAGAAGAAGGGCCGUCGGAGUUCAGAGGGGAGUCUUCUAAGAAUGGCAGGGAGAUGCAGAGAGAGCCUUCGUAAAGAGAGCUUGCCUAAUGGAGACCUUUGCUCAGAGAGCGAUGCCGAUUCAACCAGCCGCAGACUAUCCCUCUUGAAGAUUGUUGGUAGGGGCAAAAAGAGGGAAUCAUUGAUUGACCGUUCAGCAUCCCCUGGCCCUGAAGAAGAGCCUGUAGAGGAAGUACCAGUAGUCAAACCCAGAGAGCCUCUCUCAGUGUUGGAGAUUCUGCAGUUGGUGACCAAGCGAGACUUGUUCCUGGCAGACACCCACAUACUAGAGUUAGAACAGGAGUGUAAGGAGGUGUCCACAACACCUCCAGUUGGUGUGGAAGAUCUCACCAGCCCCAGCAGCAAAGACAGUGGCCGGCGUAAGGCUAAAGAUGUGGAGCUACUGUACGAGGCUCUGCAAAAAGAACUGUGGGAUGUGGUCCGGGAAUCCCUGCGCUCUCCCACUGCUGGACCUAACCUAGGCCUGGUGGUACAGGUCCUUCAACAGGAAGAACAGGCUGAUAGGGACUGGAUCUCAAGUGAGGGUGCUGUCCCAGGUGGACCACGGCCCAGGGAGCUGAAAAAGCGAUGGAAGGAGGCUGUGACUGAGGCUGCUAAUGAGAACUUGCCAAAGUCUGAUGUGGUCCUGCCAGGUGAGCUGGCAGCAUACCUGGAUAGACUGCGAAUUCGCAUGGUGGAGGAUCUAGGAGCUGCUCGCCGGAAUGUUGUGUCUGUGUACCCUGAAGAGUAUGAUGCCUUUCAGGUGUAUGUACAUAGCUACCAUCAAGCGAUCACAUGCCGAUUACAGAAUAUCACUAAUGGAGAACUGCAAAUUACCGACAUGUACUCCCUUCUAGACUGGCUCUACAACAUAUAUGACAGGGACGUUAUUGGAACAGUGAGCAUAACAUCACCCAUCAACCGCUCUCAGCUCAACCCACUGAUGCCAGCAGAGAUGGUGGACAAGCUGGAGCUGGACUGCCUCAAUUAUGUCAGGGGGAAAGUAACCAAUGAGCUGUCCCAGGUGUUGGAUGAGGAAGAAAAAAGAUGGAUGGAAACGCUGCACAUUGAGGAGUAUCAGAUCUCACUCUCUAAUACAGUAAUUCAGAGACUACAGGGAGAUCUUGAACGAUCUGCAGCAAUUAACCGAGGUCUGGCCUCACGAGUAGCACAAUGCAGUCUUAAUGGCCUUGCAGAUUUUCUAUAUAGCUUUCAAAGGAAGGUGGAAAUGUUCCAUGAAGGACUUGUUAAUGUAUUUGGGGAACAUGAAGAUGGUUAUGUUGCCAAAACAAUCGCCUUAGCCAACUGCUGUCCACCAUUCAGGAGCUUUGUUGAGCGAUGCAUACACAGUGAUCCUGCCGUCAGUGAAGACUCCGGCCGCAGAGCCAACACCGCCCUAGACAAGAUAGUAAACCUGAGUGUGAGAGUGCUGAAUGACAGGAUAUUUGAGCACAUCAGGCCUUUCUUUGAUAAACUGGUGAAAAGGAAAUGGCUGAGCAACACGGAGGCAUUUGAGCAGAUCGUAUCUCUUAUCAGGGAGCACUUCAAGAAGUUUAAAAGGAUGGAAGUCCCACCAUACCAGGUCUUGGUGGGAGAAGUCCAUCGGCGGGUGAUGACUGAGUACCUCCGUGCGAUCAUGAGAGGGCGAAUUAUCUGCACGUCACUGAAGAUGAGGAAAAGGAUGGCUGGCCGUCUUCGAGAAGAGGGAAAGAACCUUAAAGCACUCUUCAAAGAGUUGGAGUCAACAGCCUCAUGGCUAGACAGUGCCAUUCCUCACAUAUCAGAGAUCAUCCUGCUCGAGGACACACCCUCGAUCCAAAUAGAGGUCGGCGUACUAGUUCGGGAAUUCCCUGACGUACGAAAGAAGCAUGUGUCUGCCAUCUUGAAUAUCCGGGGGAUGACUCGGCAGAUGGAGAGACAGGAGAUUCUCAACAUUGUGAAAGACAUCGAAAAUAGUGACAGCCUCUCUCAGAUGCCACGAGAGCGUGCUCUGUUUGCAGAGGUGCCGGUGACAUCGGAGGUGCACUGUCUAAAUAUGGGCCUGAGCCGCAUCGCCCUCACCGCCUCCUCCUGUUUCUACAGCUUACGGGGUCGUCAGCAGAGGAGAAUCCCAUCCAGGGAGACCCAUGACGACAUGCUGUAACUAUCCUAACAACAUGUGAUUCAUUUCAAUAUAGACCAAAGAUGCUGAGUUUUCUUUCUGGCUCAACAGUGGGACAUGGAAACUAGGGUGGAGCGAUAAGCAGUGUUUGGGGUGUUUGUAAUACACAGCUCGUGUCAUACAAAAGGACUUAUUUUCUGUUUCAUAAAUUGCUGGUAAAGACUAAAGUUGUUAGCAAUGGUGAAACUGGGACCAUUUCAGAAACUUGUUAGUUGCAAUUUGUUUUUCAUUUGCAUUAAAAUGUUAUAUUAUUUGGAUCCCAAAAGUGUUUAAAAGAUAUCUGAACAUCUCGCACAAAACACAGCUCACUUUAAAACAAAUAGACUUGUAAUAAAUGAGAUGGUCUUUAAUAUUGGCUUCGUACUGAUGAGUGUUAUUUUUACAUGGUGAUUUAAUACUUGAUCUAAGGUACUACAUAAUGAUCUAGGAUCUCUGAUAGAUUUUUUUGCUUGUAUUUAAAGUCAUGCUGCAGUUAUUGUAGUGCUGAUAAUAUCCAAAUCUGGAGAAAAAAAUCAAGGGUUACUGUUGAUGUAACAAAUGCUAGACAUACUUUAUUUAUUGUAUCAAGGUAUGUCAUGGUUUUGUCCUACUAAAUAAUGCAAUAUAAAUAACAAAAAUACCCAUAUACUUUUUUGUUGAAAUAUCUGUUAUAAAGUAUGAAGACCGGCAUUGUAAUGGCCCUCUUGUGCAUAACAGACCAACAGAUAGCACUUUUUCUUCACAGAUGUCUUGUUUUUUUCCUCAAUUACAACUCCAUUCCAUGACUGAGGAAGCUGUCCUAAACAGAUUUUUUGUUUUCUUUAGCUUCUGAUGAGUCUGUAUAUGUUGAACAGCAUGUAAAAGUCAUCAACAAUCAUUUUCAUUGUGCUUUAGGGUACUUUGUAUAUUAAAAGCUCUAAGUUUUUAUUCUUUUGGACAAACUUCUGUAUAUUAGUCAAAUCAUAUAUGAAUAAAUGAUAAGAUAUAUUGA